AAUGAUAGGGAGGCCUUGAGAUCCGCUUGCUUGCCACUGGACGGCCCCUGCACCACUCCAUCGUCCAGCGUGUUCUCCAUCCUCGUGUCAUCGGCAGAAAAAGGCGGCCCGCCGAGCGUGCACCACAGUCAACCAACACUAUUCCAUGCCUGCAUUACUGGCUUCUACCCAACAUCCUUCCGACCACAUCCAUCUACGAUUUAUUUUUGCUAACCAUGAUGGUGUAUCUGUGGAGCUUUCAGUUCCGCUCGGCAUAAGGGUGUCGGAGCUGAAAAGCCGCCUGAGGGAGGCAUGGCCAGAAGAGCUGCAUACCGACACGAGUAGUGGCGGUGGCGUUUCAAGCGGGAAUCAAGGCACAUGUUUUGAUUACUGCUCGUGUAGCCCGGAAUACGACGAGGAAGGGGAGGAUAGGUCAGACUCAGAGGCGGAGGAAGACUACCAAGAGAAGGGCAGGGCAAUACAGGCUGGGGUUAGUCCUCCUCGUAUCAAAGCACCUGAGGUGGCGCGUCUCCGUUUCAUUUGCAUGGGUCAAGGCCUGCUCCGAGAUACGUGUACAUUACAAGAAUGUCGCAUUCCUUGUUUCGACACCCACCCCACGCCUGUCAACGUCUCCAUCCGACCCGCCCCGCCGCGUCCUCCUCGACAUGGAGAUAGAGAGCAUGGACAAAAAAAGAAGAAGAAAACACUUGGUGAAGACGUGGGGGGACUUGAUGGGACACGGGGUUCGUCUUUGCCGACAGCAUGUGUGUCUUGCAGUAUCAUGUAAAAAACAAGGGGGUUCGACACACAUGACGGGAUUAGACUGGAGGGGGAGGGGGCCUGCUUGGUGAGGUCCUUCGCGGGAUUGACUGAUCAUAUGAGCUGGCGCUUACGUGCUAUCACCGAGCACAUUGGAGACGCUUUUGAAACCUGAUAUCAAAUUUGUACAAGCCUGGCACCGUCAUCUCAAUUUAUACGCCAGUCUUGAAAUCUGACAGUCACUCGGAUGAAAUCUUGUAGCUCUCUACGGAAACUACAGACUCCAUGUUGUUAGUUCAUGCGUGGAAUAUCAAACAAUCUAUGUCGUGAAUUUCAGACCACACGAACCCUCGGGCGGAUGAGAUACACAGCAUUUUUUCCUUCCACUCGACGGGUAAGCAACCUCCCUGCAAAACAUUAUCGACAUGAAUAAGA